AUGGGACAGGCAAAUCAGACACAGUUGACAGAAUUUAUUCUUCUGGGACUCUCUGAUGACCCACACACCCAGAAGCUGCUAUUCAUCUUAUUUCUGGGCAUCUAUAUGGUCACUGUACUUGGAAACUUACUUCUCAUGUUCCUUGUUCGGGCUGACUCUCGGCUUCACACUCCCAUGUAUUUUUUUCUGUGUAACUUGUCACUGGCUGACCUCUGCUUUUCUACGAACAUUGUUCCACAGGCUCUCAUCCAUCUGCUUUCAAGGAAAAAGAUUAUUUCAUUCAGACGCUGUGCAGCCCAGCUUCUGCUCUUUCUCAUCUUUGGGUGUACACAAUGUGCCCUUUUGGCUGUGAUGUCUUAUGAUCGGUAUGUGGCUAUAUGUAACCCUUUACAUUACUCUAGCAUCAUGACAUGGAGGGUGUGUAUCCAGCUGGCUACAGUGUCAUGGACUAGUGGCAUUUUAGUCUCUGUGGUGGACACCACUUUCACACUAAGACUUCCCUAUCGAGGCAGCAACAGUAUUUCUCACUUCUUUUGUGAGGCCCCUGCACUUUUGGCCCUGGCUUCUACAGACACUCAAACUUCAGAGAUGGCUAUUUUCCUCAUGGGGGUUGUGAUUCUCCUUAUACCUGUCUCCUUAAUUCUGGUGUCCUAUGGCCAUAUCAUAGUAACUGUUGUCAAGAUGAAAUCAGCUGCAGGGAGGUUCAAGGCAUUUUCUACCUGUG